ACAAAUACUAUGAGAUUAUUGAUAUCAAUUCAAAACGUGCUUCAAAAUAACAUGUGUAUUUGAAUAUUUGCAAGCCUAACUGGUAGUUUAAACAGCAUCAGCUACAAUUAACUAUUCAAAAAAACAAUUUUGAGCGUAAACAACCAGUUAAAGGUUUUAUUUAAAAUACAAAAAACCAAGUUUACAAUAUAUUUGAAGACAAUUGUUGCUUUCUACACAAAAGAAAUAAUGAAUGCCGAGAAAGUAACAAUAGAAGAAAAUACAAAGGACAGUUCAAACAGCACGAGCGCGAAGCAGUCCCUUACAGAACCUCGGGAGAAUGAGAUCUCAACAGACGUAAAAAAAACGUCUUUGGAAACCCAAAACGACGCUUCAUCAGAUCCAAAACUUGAUCAUAUGAACGAGAUGGAACUGCCAAAUAACACAGAACAAAUAUUUCAAGACACACCUGUGUACAAGGAUGAACCAUCAGAUGUCGACAUGGACUUAGCGGAGGAUUUUACAAAAAAUACUGCAUAUUCGACAGGACAAUCUGCAGUCCCAACAAUUAACAACAAAACUUCCUACCAAGAACAGAUUGCUACGGAACAAGCAACAGAGUCGCAGGCGGUCUUGCAAAUAGCCAAUAGUUCUCUAUCACUUUUAUCACAAUAUAUCAGUUCUGACUCAGAGUCAAACAUAACGGACUCGGAAGAAGAAUUACCUAGAGUAGCAACUCAAUCUAUUAAACAAGAAGCGGAGUCCGAUGAUUCCGAGGACUGUGUGGAAGUUGUGGAAAAUCAAAUGCUAUAUCGCAGUCAAAGGGACAGCAUCGUUGUUAGCGAUGUAGAAACUGCACCUAGUGAAAAGGACAAUCAAUCCGAUGAAGAUUGUUUUUCAUCUGGGGAAGAAUCUCUCCCGCCUGUUCCAAUAAAAGGAAAAGGAGAAACACUGAUCCACGAGCUUCCUCCGAUUCAAGAAUUGCAGAUUUCUGUUCCUGAGGCGCAAUGUAAAUCAAUUGGGUACAUUCAAUCAGUAGUAGCGCAAAUUGUGAUCGUUCAAUCCCAUGCUGGAGUUGAGCUGCUCAAUAUAGACACUGUCCUUUUUCUAGAAAAGGGCAAACGAUCCCUUGGAAAAAUCUUUGAUGUGAUCGGUCAAGUUGCAGCUCCAAUGUAUUGCGUGCUUUUUAACUCUCGUCAAGAGGUUACCGACAAGGGAAUAACAAUAGGAGCUCCAGUGUUUUGUGCUCCGCAAACUGAACACACUCAAUUUAUCAUUUUGUCCGAGUUAAUGAAACACAAAGGAUCAGAUGCCAGCUGGCUGGAUGAUACCGAAGCUCCUGAAUAUGCUUUGGAUUACUCGGAUGAUGAGCAAGAACGAAGAGUAAGAAACCGUAGAAACAGUCACAACUCUACAGGUAGACAAACUCCAGAUAGGGAACAACAUAAUCGCGUAUUCCACAGGAGGACACGGGGACGGGGCAACACCCGUGGUAGACAAAAUGGACAUAGUUGGCAUCAUAAUAUACAUCAAUCUAAUAACCCGCAGCGGGUUAUUAAUCCAUUUGCUUACGCUCUUAGCACCGCCGGAAUGCUACCUCCUCCGCCACCACCACCUGCCCCACCGACUAACUAGUAAUUUACUGAGUAAGCAAUAUUGGAUAUUUCGAAAAUUUGAAUUAUUUAAAAACUUGAGCGUUUUAAAAAUUGGUUGCUACAAAUGAGGCAAAUUUGUAAAUCUUAUAUAAAGUUUAAUUUAACUCCAUAGAAGUACAACUUAGUGCGACAUGCAGUCUAAGACAUGUCUCUUCUAUUUUGAAAAUCUUAUAUUUCUUAUAAAAUCACGUUUAUUCAAUGGUUGAAAGAAUUAAGAAAUAAAAAUGUUUCAUG